UGCAUCAUGUCAACGUGACAUCACUUAUCCCUCGCAGCUCACAAUUCAUCAUUCUCGGAGAAUGCUUGCUUCGUGGACUUGUAAAUAGAACGAAAAGUAGGUAUCGGAUAACCUUGAUCACAUGACGUGACGCACCCCUUUCCUCACGAUUCAUUUCUUCAUCGUUCUGCGAAGUUAGGAGGGCUGUUGCGUAUACAGCUAAAAUGUACCAAAACCCGUGCGUCAGUCUUUCAGGUAUGAACUAUACAGUGUUUUUCCACUACACGGAUGAGUAUGGGAAAAACGCUAUUGUGCAAAGUAUGUGUAUCAAGGCAAGUCGCCGUAAUCCAAAGGGUAGGGAUGUCCUCUUCGGUGAAGGAGUAUAUGGGACGACCAUGGACCCAGACCUCUUCUCAAAACAAGAGUUGGCCAAGAACAAUUACGACACCCGUGCCGGAUUCUGGGAGAACCUGAUGGAUAUCGGGAGGGUAGAUUAUGCCAUCAAGAUCCUCCUCCCAAUAUCGAGUUUGAAGCUUGUGAAACACAAAACACGUGACAUACUCAUCCAUAAAGGGGACAUCGAUCUUCGCAAGUACAGAUUUACGGUUAUUAAAGUACGGGACGAGGACAGCGAGGACAGCGAGGAAAGCGACUGGCUCCCGUAAAAACGCUUCCAUUCGCUGUGGAAGAAUGUCAUAAAUCUGUUGUCUGAAUCUUUAACAUUUGAUCAAUAGGUUUCAAUUUGUAAGAAAGGGAUCUCUGUUGUUGUUUUCAAAUAUAAGGCUGUAUAGUAAAUAAAGUGACUAAACCAA